AUGUCGAAGGCCAUGCCCACGCCCAUGCUGGCCUCUGCGGGGCUCGCGCUGAGCGUCGGGCAGCCGCGUGGGAAGCGCGCGGACAGGCGCUUGGAAGCGCGCGGAGAGGCGCUUGGAGAGGACCGGGUGCGGAUGGAGGCCGAGAAGGCGCAACUGGCAGUAGUUAAGGAGCACAUGCUGGAGAAAGCGGAUGAUUGGAACCUCAGCAUGGAAGACAUCGAAGCAGCUGCACAGUUAAUGGUUUCAGAUGGGCAAAGCCUGCCGACGAAGCUCGAUAAACGAGCAAUCAUGCUGCUGUUCCUCUACGCCAAGGGCGUCUUGAGGCAAGAAGUAUCAGAGGCAAGAAAAGCCAAGCUCGCAGCAUUGCUGCUACCAGACGACAUCUAUGAGCAGUCGCUGCAGCGCCUGGAGCGCCUCGUCCUGGAAGGCGAAAAAAGCGAGAGUUUGCUGGACGACAGCAACUCCUUCACUUACUGGACUCACUCCCGUCGUGGCAGAGGAUAA